UCAGCUUCGAACUUCCAUCUUCAAUGGCCAUCCCUCUCCCGGUGAUGGUUUCUUCCCUCAAGGGACAAGUCUCCAUUGCAUUCCCAUCCAAAAAACCAGCUCCACCGCCACUCCUCUGUCAGAAGUCUCAAGCAGAGUUGGAGAUAUUAAAGCUUGCAACAAGAAGAAAAGUAAUCACUCGUGUCCUGUCUGAGAGAAAUGAGUUCAUGGCGUCGAUCAUCACCGAUCUCAAUAUCGAAGAAGAACAAGAGAUGGAAGAAAUUGAAGAGGAGAUGAGAGCUAAAACAGAGAGUGAUAAUAAUGAGAGGAGAAUUGCAGAGAGUUGGCGUAAGAUCCACGGCGAGGACGAUUGGAUUGGAAUGCUUGAUCCUAUGGAUCCACUCCUGCGUUUCGAACUGAUACGAUAUGGUGAGAUGGCUCAAGCCUGUUACGAUGGUUUCGAUUUCGAUCCUUUCUCCAAGUACUGUGGUAGUUGCAGAUUCAAUCGUCGUAGGUUCUUCGAACGCCUUGGAAUGACGAGUUUGGGUUACGAAGUGUCUCGCUACAUCUACGCAACUUCCAACAUUAAUCUCCCAAAUUUCUUCAUGACCUCACGGUGGCCAAAGGUCUGGUCUCGUAACGCUAACUGGAUCGGAUACGUUGCUGUUUCCAACGACGAAACCUCAGUACGGCUAGGGCGUCGCGACAUAACUAUCGCCUGGAGAGGAACGGUGACACGGCUUGAAUGGAUCGCCGAUCUCAUGGAUUAUCUCAGACCAGUCUCAUCCGAUAAGAUUCCUUGUCCCGAUCCGUCGGUCAAGGUCGAAUCGGGAUUCCUUGAUGUCUACACUGACAAGAACAAGAAUUGCCGGUUCUGUAAGUACUCUGCAAGAGAACAGAUCUUGACGGAGGUGAGAAGAUUGAUCCAACAGUACCCAAACGAAGAACUGAGCAUCACUAUCACAGGGCAUAGUUUGGGUGCUGCACUGGCGGUAUUGAGUGCGUACGACAUCGUGGAAACCGGAUUAAAUCUGACGGAGGACGGUCGAUCUGUACCGGUUAAUGUGUUCUCUUUCUCUGGGCCCAGGGUUGGAAACUUACGGUUCAAGGAACGGCUUGAGGGUUUGGGGGUGAAGGUGUUGAGGGUGGUGAACGUUCACGAUACUGUGACAAAGGUUCCUGGUCUGUUUUUUAAUGAGCACGUGCCAGAGUUCCUGCAGAAGAUGGCGGAUGGGUUACCGUGGUGUUACUCGCACGUGGGAGUCGAGUUAGCUCUUGAUCAUAAGAACUCUCCUUUCUUGAAGGACACCAAUGACCCUACCAAUUUCCAUAACUUGGAGGCUCAUCUGCAUUUGCUCGACGGGUACCAUGGAAAAGGCAAGAGAUUUGUGCUUUCAACUAAAAGGGACAUCGCUCUAGUGAACAAAGCUGCUGAUUUCUUGAAAGAUCACCAUUUAGUGCCACCCUUUUGGAGGCAAGACGAGAACAAGGGGAUGGUGAGGAACUAUGAAGGACGGUGGGUACAACCUGAAAGGCCAAAACUCGAUGAUCAUAUAUCCGCAAAUUGGUUUUAG